AUGGGCUCCGAUACUGCCUUGCGCAAGCUCUGGGAGCACCCUGAUCCCAAGAGCACUCAGAUGUACAAGUUCAUACAACAAGUCAACCAGACGCACUCUCUACACCUCCAAACCUUUCAAGACAUGUACGCCUGGUCGUGUGCCAACCGUGCCACCUUCUAUGCCCAUGUCUUUACCUUUGCCAAUAUCAUUCAUUCUGGCGCCCCCACGAGCAUCGUCGACGAAGCGGCCCCGAUCGAUGCCGUCCCCGUCUGGUUCCCCGGCGUCUAUCUCAACUUUGCCGAGAACCUGCUUCACACGCGCACAUCUGCAGACCCCAAGGAUCACCGCGGCACCAAGGACAAGGAGGAUGACAAGAUUGCGCUGACCGAGGUGCGCGAGGGCAACAGCGCCGUUCGAGACGUGACCUGGGCCGAGCUCAGAAGAGAGGCCGGGCGGCUGGCCUCGGCCAUGAAGGCACGGGGCGUGACCAAGGGAGAUCGCGUCGUCCUCGUUGGCGCCAAUUCGUUCGAGACGCUUCUCGUCCUGACAGCAACGACAUGGCUCGGUGCCGUGUUCAGCAGCUCGUCCACGGACAUGGGCAUCAGCGGUAUUUUGCAGAGGACGGUCCAGGUGAACCCCAAGUUCAUAUUCUUCGACGAUGCCGCCCUCUACAAUGGCAAGACUGUCGAUCUCCGCGACAAGAUGGCCGGUGUCGCCCAGGGCAUGAAGGAGUGCGAUCGAUUCGAGGGCAUCGUCUCCAUCCGCCGCUUUGAGAAACCCCUUGCUAUUUCCUCCAUCCCCAAGGCCGAAACGCUCGACCAUUUCCUCGAGUCGGCGUCGGCCACUCCACCCCCUUUCGUGCACGUCGGCUUCCAGGACCCCUUUCUCAUUUAUUACUCCUCUGGGACAACGGGCACGCCCAAAGCCAUCGUACACGCCGUCGGAACGCUGCUGCUCAGCGUUGCCAAGGAAUCCCGCCUGCACGAGGACGUGAAACCCGACUCCGUAGGUCUGCAGUACACCACGACCGGCUGGAUCAUGUACCUCGCCAACGUGGCGCAGCUCCUGUUCGGAGCCCGCGCCAUUCUCUACGACGGAUCCCCCUUCCAGCCCGACCUCACAACCUUUAUCCGCAUCAUGGCCGAGCAGAAGAUCACCAAGCUCGGGACGAGCCCGCGCUGGCUCUUCGAGAUGGCCAAGGCUGGCAUCCGCCCGAAGGACGUUGCCGACCUGUCGUCGCUCCGCAUGGUCUCUACGACGGGCAUGGUCUUGUCAGAUCAGCUAUUCGACUGGUUCUACGACGAGGGAUUCCCGCAAAACGUGCAUCUGGCCAACAUUUCUGGCGGCACAGACAUUGCGGGCUGUUUCGGCCUCAUGAACCCCCUGACGCCAGUCUACCGAGGCGGAACACAGGGCCCCUCCCUCGGCGUCCCGAUUGCCAUCUACGACGCCCAGCUGCCCGACGGACCCGGGAAGGAACUUCCUGUGGGCGAACCCGGCGAGCUCGUCGCCACGGCGGCGUUCCCGAAUAUCCCCAUCUAUCUCUGGGGCGACGCCGCCGCGCGCCCUGGCGCCUCGACGCUGAACACGGCACCGGCGGGCUCGCGCUACCACGCCGCGUACUUUGGCCGCUUCGACCACGUGUGGGCGCAUGGAGAUUUCUGCGCCAUCCAUCCCGAGACGGGCAACGUGUCGUUCCUCGGCAGGGCCGACGGCGUGCUCAACCCCUCGGGUGUGCGUUUCGGCAGCGCCGAGAUCUACGCCGUCAUCGAGAGACGGUUUGCCGACCGCGUGGCAGACAGCCUGUGCGUGGGGCAGCGCCGACCAGAAGACGCCGACGAGAGCGUCAUGCUCUUCCUCAUGAUGCGCCCCGGGCACAAGUUUGACCGUGAGCUGGUGGAGGGGGUCAAGGCAGCUAUCGGGAAGGAGCUGACGAAGAGGCAUGUCCCCCGCUGGAUAUUUGAGACGCCCGAGAUUCCAACAACUGUGAACUUGAAAAAGGUCGAACUGCCAGUGAAGCAGAUCGUGUCGGGACACACAAUCAAGCCGAGCGGGACACUGCUGAAUCCGAAGAGCCUAGACUACUAUUACCAGUUUGCCAAGGUCGAGGAGUUGGUGGCUGGGAAGGGGAGGCUGUAG